AUGAGUAAAUCUAAGGAAAAUGGCGAUGAUGGUAAGAAGGGUAUCAGAAGCGCCGCCGCUCUGUUGUUUGGUCUUACCAUAUGCCAAACACCUCAUAUCGCCUUUUCCUCUGGUAAGUUUACGAUUUCGAGGUUUAAGAUUCCACAACACUGUUUGGGUCUAUACAUUAAUAGGAUGAUCAUCACAUUCAAGUUAUGGACCUUUGUUGGAGUUAUGGCAAUGACAACGUACGAUAUUUUCUGCGGAAAGAUAAUGGGUGAGAUCAACUCAACCCUGAUGUUCUCAGUUUUGGCAACGUAUUUAAUGAUGCUAUUAACAUACUACACAGGAGGUAAUCAGGGUCAUCUUACACUUUAUUUUUGGGUUAUAACAACCAUGUCUCUGAUAAUGGGUUUAAUCUUUAUCACCGCUGUUAAGGUCAUGUCAGAUAAUAUUUCGUUUCUCAUUGUUUCAUUUCCUCUAGCUGGAAUUUGGGUUUCACUUUAUCACUUAUUAUUUCUAUUUAUUUGGAGAUAUUUUCGUCUCCAGAACACACACUACUGGCUGGUUUUUUGGCAACUUGUAAUCGCAGUAUCUAUGGCAGGAUUAACUCUUAUGCUAUGGUUUGUUGGAUAUGGAUUUAGUAUCCAAGAAAGCGGUCAACAUGCUACUGCUGGUAGUGGUGAAGGCAGUAAUAGUGAUAUUUUUACGGCAUUAAAACAGGCAUGGCAUCCAAUUCUCAUGUCUGGAAUAGGAUAUGGAAUGCAGAAUCUAGUUUAUCCUUCUAUUGCACCCUAUAAGCUUGCAGGAAGUGAUGGCCAUGGAAUUUAUUUAACAACAUUAUUCACAGGUUCCGUGCCACCAUUGACCCUUUUAUGCUUGUCAAAAAUUGGUAAGGGUCCAGAUGUAAAAUGGAGUGAGAACCAGAUAUGGCAUGGAUGUUCGCUAUGUGUCAUUGUCGAGAUUCUUUGUGCAGCUCUUUUUAUAUGCGGUCUUCAUUACCCAGACUGGAAAAUAUCGCAGGCAAUUACUGGAAAUACAUGCUUACUUUGGAUCUUAACCAUUUUAUAUGAUUUCUGUGUACAAGUCGCCAAUGCAGUCGGAAGUAACGGGGCACCUGUGCAGGGAAAGAAAAGGAAUUCUACAAUGUCUACUGUAAAUUCGUCUUGCUACUCAUUCACACAGAUCAUAUUUUCUUCUAUCGGAGAUGGAUAUAUGAGAACAUACCAAAAACAUGAAAAUGAUAGAGAAAACUGGCCUACAAAGCAUUGUGGUAAUCUGAGGGCCUUUUGGUUUUGGACUUGGAAUGCUACGAAAGUAUCUCUUUCCGAAUUCAAGACAGCUUUAACUACAGAUUUAAGAGGAGCGAUUCAGACCAAGAAGGAGUACCUCUUUAUUGUGUAUUCUGAUGACACUGAUAAUAGUAGCAAUCCUCCUAAGACGAAAAAUCCUACAGUAAUGAAGAUAGUUCACGAUAUAUAG